UUGAAAGAAACAGUCGGCAGAGACGUCACGUUAGUUCCGCACAGCCGAAGGUUUCUGUGGAAGUUUAUAUUUGCUGCUAGCGAACGAACAACUCCACAUAUUAAGUUAGUUCACCUACUGUACACGACGCCCAUUUUCUUGGUCAGUAAGCAACCCCCCUGUAUUCAGUGUGUGAUUUCUGAGGCGGAGGCUAGCGUGCAGCCACAAGCAGGGUUAGUUAGCAUGCUGGGCUAGCUCACUAGAGCUCACUGUUGUCCCGAGGUUCGAGGAGGAGACGAUGAACCGCGGUACCACCCACGGCCACCUGGACGACGGGCCGCGGUAUGGACUACCUCCCCCGCCCGGAGAGUGGGGCCCCUAUGGCCCGCCACCCAACGAAUGGGGUCCAAGGGGCCCGGCGCCGCACAUGGACUGGGGACCACGAGGACCCCCGGAAUGGGGUGCUCCUCACGGCCCUUGGGGACCUCAUCACCCCGCAUGGGGACACCCUGGUUGGGGUCCGGAGGGUCCGGACCCGUGGGGAGCACCGCCCCCUGAAUGGGGGCCUCCUCCACCGGGCGGCUGGGGUCCGCCUCCCGCGGGAGGCUGGGGCCCUGGCGGCCCUCCUCCAGACCUGUACUACCGCCCGCCCAGCCCGGACCCAUACCGAGCCCCUCCUCCGCCGCCGGGCUUCGCUCCUCCGCCGCCGCCAGUCGCUUACCAUCCUCCGUACCUGCCGCCCGUGGAGCCCCCCCCACAAGCCGCGUUCCCCGCAUCAUUCCCUCCACCCGGAUGGACGGCGGAGCAGCCGAUGCUGAACCCUGCUCCAGAACAGCCUCAGUGGUUGAAGGCUUUGAUUUCAGUCCCACCCACCGAGCCUCCACCCUCUUCCACGGCCGCCGCCGCCACCCCCGCCCCCACCCCCGCCCUGGCUCCGCCCCCCGUUGCCCCUGUGGUGCCGGUAGCCCCUGCAAAGCCUGCGGCCCCUUCAAAGCCCACGGGGCCUCCCGAACCAGAGCGCAAGGCCACACCGCUUGGCCUUCUGGGAAAAAGGAUAUUUGAAAAGCCCCCAGCUGGACGCUCCACUGGCAUCAUCUCCUUCAUCGGGCCCACGUUCGGAUACAUCGAGAGGGAAGACCUGGAGAAGUUCUCCUUCGCGUUCAAAGCCUACUUUGGGAACUCCAAGGCCCUGACGCCAGGGGUCAGAGUUCACUUCACCGCGCUCAAGGAGAAGAACGGCCAGGUGGCCACGGACGUAAAGGUGGCCCCGGGGGGGACGGAGAACGUUGGCAUGGAGAUCUACGAGGCCGUGGUCAGCCAGCCAAUCCAGGAGCCCCAGCCCGGGGAGAAGCUGUACCCAGGCCAGGUGUUCACCACGCUCGGCCACCUGCGCACCAACCUGGCGUACGAGCGGCGGGACUCUGCGGUGACGCUGCUGAAGGACGACCAGGUGCUGUUCAACCUGCUCACCGACCUGGUGACGGACAAGAGGAGGGCCACCAACAUCCGGCUGCAGAUCCCCCUCACCUACCAGCACACCAAGGAGACCCGCCUCACGGGCGCCAUCACGAGCAUCACGGGCCCCAAGGGGGUGAUCACGGCGAAGACGCACGGCGAGCUGACCUUCGAACUGAAGGAGAACCUGAGUGACGUGGACUUCACCGCGGAGGACGUCAAAGAGGAGGUGGAGUUCACCCUCCACACGGUGCGAGGAGCCCAGAGGGCGAUCAGGAUCCGCCGCCUGAAGGAGCCCCUGCUCCUCACCCUCUGCACCUCACCCCCUCCCCUGCCCUCGCCCCUGGGCGCCCGCCCCCCCGCCCGCCCGAGUGCCGCCGAGCUGGGGCCCAACGUUCAGCUGGACAACGAGCUGUACGAGGGCGUGGUCAGCCAGACCAUCAUCCCAAACUCUGGCAUUGUACCAGGCUACCCGGGUCAGAUCUUCGCCAACAUCGGGCCGAUCAAGACCAACGUGACGUUUGACAAGCGGGACUGCUCGGUGACGCUGCUGAAGGACGACCACGUGCUGAUCAACCUGCUGGUCGACACCAUGACCCGCAAGCGCCGCGCCGCCAACAUCAAGCCCAAGGUCCCCUUCACCUUCUGCUACACCAAGGAGAAGAGGGAGAAGGGUCAGAUCCGCAGCAUCGCGGGCCGCACUGGAGACAUCCGCUCGGAGGACUACGAGGGGCUGCCCUUCGACGUCUCGGACACCUUCAGCGACAACGAGCUCAGCCCGGGGGAUGUGGGCAAGGAGGUGGAGUUCACUGUGACGACGGUGAACAACGCCUCCAGGGGAAUCCGCCUGAGGAGGCUGGUGCCACCGGGAGACAAGAUCCUGGAGGAGCAGAAGAAACGAGAAGAGGAGGAGAGGAAGAAGAGGGGAGAGGAGGAGAGGAAGAAGAAGGAGGAGGAAGAGGAGAAAUCCAGAGACUUAGAGAAGAGGAAGGAGGUGGCUGCGGCGCUGGCAGCGGCCCAGGUCAAGUGGACCCCGCUGGGAUUCAGAACGACCGACCCCAAAACCUUCGACGACAUCAGCAAGGAGCGCUUCCAGGGCACCGUGCUGAAGACCAUCUCCAAGAGCCCUCAGAUCUACCAGAUCACCAAGGACGGCGUGAAGGGGGACCCCGACGAGAAGAACGUUAAUAAAGAAGAGAAGAAGAAGGACGCUGUAGAGGAGGCGGCGGCAGCGGGCGCGGACGGAGACAAGAAGGACGUGGUCGGAGUGAAACAGGAAGCAGUCAAGGUUGAACAGGAAGUGAGAGUUGUCUCGGCUAAGGUGGAGGUGAAGGAGGAGCAGGAGGAGCGUCCCGUGGACGGUCAGCCGGCCGGCGGGAAGGAGAAGGAGAAGGAGCGGCCCGACCGAGGCCGCCUGGUGAUGACCAUCGCCGGGGAGCAGAAGAUGUUGCACUUUGACCCCAUUGACGUCAUGACCAGUGCCACCAUGAUGGUCGGAGACAAGGUGCGCUUCAACAUCGCCACGCAGCGGGAGAGCAGGGAGGAGCGGGCCACCUACGUGGAGAUCCUCCCGGACUCCUUCCAGGAGUCCACGGAGCAGCGCCGACACGGCAUCGUGAUCGAGUUCUCCGAGGAGUCCGGGCUCAUCAAGUGCUCCCAGAAUCCCCAGCUGUUCUUCCGCAUGUCUGAGGUCAUCAUCGUCAAGCAGAAGAAGCUCCAGCUGAACGAGAAGGUGGAGUUCAGCGUGGUGCCGCAUGAGACGGCGGACGGCGGGCACCAGGCCAUCCGGAUCACCCGCUUCAUGGAGAACGUCUUCCUUCCUGUCCGGAAGCUGAGUGCUGUCGGUGCCAGCCAGGCCAAGGGGAAGAUGACCAUCAAGAUCUCCAAAGAAACAAAGAGUGUUGACGACAAAGGUAAAGAGCAGGCGGAGUCGGACAAGCUGAAGGCGGUGGUGAAGAACCUGCGUUCCCAGGACUCCAAGGACGGCCGGGGGGGCGGCGGGCGCAAGGACUACGCCGCCGGCCGCCGGCGCCACGGGCGCUCGCGCAGCCGGAGCCGCAGCCCCUCCAGGACGCACUACGGCCGCUUCAUCGAGAGGCACCGCAGCUCCAGCGUCAGACGCAGCGGCAGCCGGGAGCGCUCGCACCGCCGCUCCCGCUCCCGGAGCCGGGAGAGGAGCGGGGAGAGGAGCAGGGACAGCGGGAGCAGCAGGACUAAGAGUAGUAAAAACAGCAAGGAGAGAGACGGUAGGGAAGGGAGGGAUGGGAGGGAAGGGAGGGAGGGGAGGGAUGGGAGGGAGGGGAGGGAGGGGAGGGGGGGUAGUAGUAGCGGCGGCGGUGGAGCUGUGCCAGUCGAUGACGAACUCGCCAGGAAGAAAUGGGAACUGGAGAAGCUGAACGAGAUGAUCGCUCACAGGAAGUCCAUGGUGGAGCGGGACCACCGGGAAGUCGAUCCUCGAGACUCUCGGGGAGGAGACCCCCGGGGCCCAGACCAUCGAGGAGACCCCCGAGGAGGAGGUGACCCCCGAGGUGGUGACCCCCACGGCCCUGACCCGCGGGGACCUGACCCCCGAGGAGGUGACCCCCGGGGCCCUGACCCCCGAGGAGGUGACCCCCGUGGCCCUGACCCCCGAGGAGGUGACCCCCGAGGAGGUGACCCCCGUGGAGGUGACCCCCGUGGCCCUGACCCCCGUGGCCCUGACCCCCGAGGAGGUGACCCCCGUGGAGGUGACCCCCGUGGCCCUGACCCCAGAGGAGGUGACCCCCGCGGCCCUGAGCCCCGCGGGACCUGCAUCGACUACGACCACGGCCGCAUAACCCUGCCCCUGAAGGAGUACAAACCGGUCCAUCGGGAAGACCCGGAAUACCGGUACCGCUCGCCACCGUGCGACCCGGAAAGAGGUUACUAUGGCAACUCUUACGAGAGAGGCUACCGGCCCCCGCCCCACGCCGACCCCUACAGAGACCGUCUCUAUGACGACUAUCCCUACGGAGACAUGCCCUACAGGGACGCUCCUUACGCGGCGGACCGCGCCUAUGCCGAACGUUCCUACAGCGACCGUUCCCAUGGAGAGCAGCCGUACGGGGAGCAGCCGUACCCGGAGCGCCCCUACAGCAGCGCUCCGUACCCGGACCGCUACGACGCGUACGCCGACCCGUACGCUGCCAAACCCCGCGAAGAACCACCGUACGACCCUCUCUACGACCCGUCCCCGUCCAAGCGUGCCCGGUCCCUGGACCCCCACCGGGGGCGUUCUGCCUCCCCGACGCCUCACCCGGCCGCCCCUCAGAGUCCCCUCCCCUCCAGCUCCUACACCCCUCCCUCCGCCCAGCCCCCGCCCGCCUUCAAACCCCCGCAGUUCAGACCUCCGUCUCCGGUGGACUCCCCCCCGCGGAGCCCCUCCCCCCGGCCACCCGCCCAGUGGGCCGCGGCGGCCCCCGGCCCGUCCUACAACCCCCUCCUGGAGAUCUUCAACAAAGGCCUGGAGGCCCACAAGAAGCCCCCGGCGGCGGCGGCCAGAGGCCCCGCCUCCUACCAUCAGCGGACCCCCAGCGAGGCACAGAGGACCCCAAGCGAGCCGCCGAGCUACAGGCUGCCCGAUGACGGGCUGCUGCCCCACGAGCGCGCCGUGCAGGACGGCAGCGGCUUCUCCAGGAUCGUGGGCCUGGCCUCGGAGCAUCCGGCCCCCAGCCGUUACCACGAGCCCGGCCCCCGGAGCUCCUCCUCCGCGGAGAGGACCAACGAGGAGGACCAGCCCUUCGACAAGAUCCAGACCCUGCUCAGGACCAUCGGCAUGACGCUGACCACCGGCGACGGCUCCAGGCCCGGCGCCCCGGAGGGCAUCCGCUCCAGGGAGGGCUACUCGUCCGCCGAGAGAGAGACCGGCCGGUCCUCAGCCAAUAGGAGCGAGGGGCGACCCGAGUGGGCCGGGUCCGCGGAGGCGAGGCGACUCCACUCCCCGUCCCCGGCCCGGCCGCCCAGCGCCGAGCCGCGGGGCGGCCGGGAGUCUGAGUACGAGGGCUUCCUGGACCAGCAGGAGAUGGAGGCUCUGAAGAGGGCCAAAGAGAUGCAGAGUCUCACCAAGACCAUCGGGGGCGCGUAUGAAUACAACACGCCCUCCGGUCCCCCCUCCACUCAGUUCCAACCGCAGCACCCCAGCUCCUCCUACCAGGGCCCCAACAGCUGGGCUCCGGUCGGAACCACGCAGAGCCCCACCUUCCCCAGCAUGGCCCCCACACCGCCUCCUCCCACUGCGCCACCGUCUCGUCGGUACGGGACUCCCCCCGGACACUCUCCUGGAUCGCCCCCGCAGUACGUCCAGGGGUUCCCUACCUUCGGGCCCCCCUCCUCCUCUCUCCCCUUCCUGGGUCAGGAGGACCCAGGGUCGAGCUCCACCAGCCCCGUCCUGCCCCCCCCCAGCGGCCCUCAGGCCCCGGGGUCCUCCCAGGCCGGCCCGUCAACUCCAGCCCUGACCCCCAGUGCUGAAGGUCAGGAGCCGAACUCGGCCCUCACGGUGGCCCGGUGCCUCAAGGUGAUUGAGACGGUGAAGUCUCUGAAGCCCUCCAAGUCGGUGCAGUUCAGCCUGCCCACAGACCUGCCCGUCUGCAGCGUGCAGAUCGCUGGAGGGACGGAGGAGGACAUCAAGGCCAAGCAGAAGGAGAAGUUGGACCAGUACAACCAGCGGAUUCAGGACAAGAGGGAAUUGCAUUAUCAAGAGAUUAGGAACCUCAAGAAACAAGGAGUUUGGAAGAGACGUCCCUCCGUCUCACAAGGUAAGCCAAUCGGGGAGCCCAAGAGCGUGUGGAUCUGCGGCCACUCCCUGGUGUUCUGGGCCGAGGCGCGGGCCAAGUCCCCAGAGGUGGGCAUGCAGCUGGGCAUGGACCCCAGCAACGUGGUGAUCCACUGGAAGGGCACCCAGGGCAUGACCUGGCCCCAGCUGCUGCCGCUGCUCCACCAGCUCAAGGUGAAGUGGCCCAACCCAGACGUGCUCAUCAUGCACCUGGGCGGGAACGACCUGAGCACGGAGAGCCCCACCGACCUGCUGGCCUCGGUCAAGAAGGACCUGAGCUCCAUGCGCAGCAUCUUCCCCCAGUGCCUGCUGGUCUGGUCCAACAUCCUGCCCCGCCGGGUGUGGCGCCACUCGGCAGACAACCAUGAGGUUGACCUGGUGAGGACCACGGUCAACCGCCGCAUCCACAACAUCAUCCUGGACCUGGGCGGCACCAGCCUGACCCACGACAACAUCCGCUGUGGCUCCAACACGGGCCAGUACCGGCCGGACGGGGUGCACCUGUCCUCCAAGGGCAUCGACACCUUCAACCUCAACCUGCAGGACUUCCUGGAAAGGUGGGAGAUGGAGUCCAUCAAAGACCUGGAGAAACCCUGAUCUCGUUUUAUCAUUGCUUUAGCUUUUGCCUUUUAUGAGUUGUUAGCCUGCGGCGUUAGCGAAGGAGUUAUACGUUUAUGUUAGUAGUUACUGAUGGCUUUUAAUGUUCUGCUAUAGUCACUCUUAUGGUUUUAGCUCCGCCGUAACGAAACAAGUGGUCUGAGUGUACUCCAAAUCAACCAAUAAAGUGAUCUAAUUCUCAUGUCGUCCAUUUACUCGUCUCUAUACCGAAACUAGUGGAAGAACUUUACUAAGAAUAUCUAACGAGGGCUUUGCAGAAGAGGCCAAAUGGGUAAAAACUAAACAUUUUCCUAUAAUUACUAUUUAAUGAAGUGACUUCAUUAAAUAUGGAACGAAUAUUACCAGUUUGACCCCUGAGGGGUCUGUCUUGUUCCAUUUAGAAGUUCUAAUGAUGCAUUCAUUGAAGAAGCCAUAAUUUUUUCAUACUUGCUAGGUUGUAUGUAAGGAUGUUAGAAAUGUGUUCCUGUUGUCAUGUUGUCGCCUCUAUUCUGUGUUGUGCUCUAUCCUCAGUGCAGCGGAGAGUCGCUGAAAGGUGAGUUAGUCUCUACAGGUAACCCCAUAGCAACUGUGUGCUGAGACCUGUCUGAUGCUCAGUGAUCAAUAUAGAUGCACAUUUAUAAAAGGCCGCUUCUGCCUAGAUGCGUUGAUCAUUGUUUUAAUAAAAACUUGGCUAACUCAUAUUUUUAUUUUAUGGUCAAUGAAUUCUGAAUUUAUGCUUUUUAAUUAAUGAAAUGUUUUAAUUGAUUUCUGAUUAUGUUUAUGUUAUUGAUUAUGUUAUUGACCGCGUUGGAAUGGCUUUGCAUCAGAAAUCCUCCAAGAGGUACGAAUGAGAAUGACCUUAUCUUAAUCCGUUUUAGAAUAAACUAUGACCAACCUUUAAAAAAUAUAAUAGUCACCAAUUCUUGUUGUAAAUGUUAGUUUUUUCAAUCAAAUCAUCACAUUCACACUCUGCUUGUAUUUCCGAGGAUGUAUGUUGUAUUCUGUAAAUCCUAAACCGUAGACGACUGUAGAAAUCGUUGUGAGAUUAGUGCAGAUGAGCAUUCUACAAUUAUUUUGGUAUUUGACUUCUAUUUUCAUAGUUGAUUUAAGUGUUUAGACUUCUUUUAAAAUGUCUAAUUUAAAAUCUGUUGAAAUCCAAGUGUUGGUUCAGCUCAUCUACAAUCUUUCCAACGUGUUGAUUUGGAUUCUGUCGACUAUUGAAGAUGGAUGCAGACAGGUAAAUGACCUCUCUAGUGAAGCAUUGGCUGAUUCUGGUUUAUUACCAAGUAGGUAAUACAACUAUUGGGCGUAAUUAAACAAGGAUUUCUUGUGACUUGGGUUUCUGUUUCAAACAUUAUUGACCUAUUCAGCCCUUAUUUUUUAAUGGAAAAUAUUUGUACUUGUUAUGAUUUAAAUAAAGGUUUGAAAGGUUA